AGUGUCUUUUCCCACGUUUAUGGUGGCCAUCUUUUGGUUGGUAAACCCUCCCCCCUCCGGAGAGUCAAUCUAACAACACCCAUUGCACCAAAAGCCCCCAAUUCUCAGCAAACCCAUUAUAGAAAGCGAGAGAGCAACUGGAAGAGAGAGCCAGAGAGAGAGAGAGAGAGAGAGAGAGAUGGCUCAAGUAAGCAAAAUCUGCAGUGGAGGAGCUCAUAGCACCCAAAUUUUUCACAACAAUCCCAAACCCCACAAGCACAAUUCUCUGAAUUCUCUUAAUUUCAGGCCACAGUUCUUGGCCUCACCAAAUUCUUGGACUUUGAAGCACAAGAAUGUGAGCUUGGUGGGUAGUCGUCGAGCUGGUGCGGUUAGGGUUUCGGCUUCGGUUGCCGCAGCAGAGAAGCCGUCAACGGUACCGGAGAUCGUGUUGCAACCCAUCAAAGAGAUCUCCGGUGCUAUCACGCUGCCGGGGUCCAAAUCGCUGUCGAAUCGGAUUCUGCUUCUGGCUGCUCUCUCUGAGGGAACAACUGUGGUAGACAACUUGUUAAAUAGUGAUGAUGUUCAUUACAUGCUUGGUGCAUUAAGAACCCUUGGGCUACGUGUAGCAGAGGACAAGACAAUUAAAAGAGCAAUUGUGGAAGGUUGUGGUGGUCUGUUUCCAGUGGGCAAAGAAUCAAGGGAAGAAAUUCAACUUUUCCUUGGAAAUGCAGGAACAGCAAUGCGUCCAUUGACAGCUGCAGUUACUGCAGCUGGGGGAAAUUCAAGCUACAUACUUGAUGGCGUGCCCCGAAUGAGAGAGAGACCCAUUGAGGAUUUAGUUACUGGUCUUAAGCAGCUUGGUGCUGAUGUUGAUUGUUUUCUUGGCACAAAAUGCCCCCCUGUGCGUGUAAUUGGAAAGGGGGGUCUUCCAGGGGGUAAGGUGGAGCUCUCUGGAUCAAUUAGUAGUCAAUACUUGACUGCUUUGCUUUUGGCUUCUCCUUUGGCUCUUGGAGACGUAGAGAUUCAGAUAAUUGACAAACUGAUUUCCAUUCCAUAUGUUGAGAUGACUUUGAAGUUGAUGGAACGCUUUGGAGUCACUGUAGAACACACUGAUAGCUGGGAUCGGUUCUUGGUCCGAGGAGGUCAAAAGUACAAGUCUCCUGGAAAUGCUUUUGUCGAAGGUGAUGCUUCAAGUGCUAGUUACUUCCUAGCUGGUGCAGCAGUCACUGGUGGGACAGUUACUGUUGAAGGUUGUGGGACAAGCAGUUUGCAGGGGGAUGUAAAAUUCGCUGAAGUUCUUGAGAAGAUGGGUGCUAAAGUUACCUGGACAGAGAACAGUGUAACCGUCACUGGACCACCACGAGAUUCUUCCAGAAGAAAGCACCUGCGAGCUAUUGAUGUCAAUAUGAACAAAAUGCCGGAUGUUGCUAUGACUCUUGCUGUUGUUGCCCUUUUUGCUGAUGGACCCACUGCCAUAAGAGACGUGGCAAGUUGGAGAGUGAAAGAGACAGAAAGGAUGAUUGCCAUUUGCACAGAACUAAGGAAGCUGGGAGCAACAGUUGAAGAAGGACCUGAUUACUGUGUGAUCACACCGCCGGAGAAUCUCAAUGUGACGGCUAUCGACACUUAUGACGAUCACAGAAUGGCUAUGGCAUUCUCACUUGCUGCCUGUGGAGAUGUUCCUGUCACCAUCAACGACCCCGGUUGCACCCGUAAAACAUUCCCAGACUACUUUGAAGUCCUCCAGAGAUUUACAAAGCAUUGAACAGCUCUUUUAAAUAAAUGCUUAGAAGAAAAAAAUAAUGCCCUUCCCUGCAGCCAAAGCAUCAGGGAGCCAACUCCUCCCUAUUUUUCUAUACUGCCUUGUAGUUUUUGAUAAUUAUAUUUGCAAGUUGAGCUUCUUUUAUUAGUGUUUUGUUUUGGGGUAAGUAAAGCUGAGCUUCUUGUUUGUAAGACUGUAAUUUAAUGCCUACUUGAUGCACUCUCUCUCUCUCUC